AUGCUGCAGUUGAAUGAACAAACUGGAUAUUUUGAACCGCUCUUUGAAAAAGAAAAUAUUUGCACUUCCAUCCCACAAAAUGAGGAGGAAGUGGCUCUUAGUGAGAACGAAAAAAGAAAGAAGGCUCAAAAAUUAAGGCUUUUAGGCAUGACUUAUACAGGGCAACAAGUUGUUAGAGAAGAAGAUAAAAUUAGAAUACAAGAAGUUACGAAACCAAACAGAAAAAUGAGAGAAACGCCUUGUGAACAUGGAGCGGCUAAAAUUUCCGAAAGAAGUUUUGCCUGCGCUGCAAUAUCCGAUAAUAUGUGCGCAGAUAUAUUUCAUUAUUUUUGGCAAAUCCUUACAUGGGAUGCUAAGAAAGCCUACGUAAACGGCCUUAUCCAACCAAGGCAGAUUGUUCGUCGUAGAAAUGUCUCCGCAGAUGUUAAUAAAAAGAAUUGCGGGUUUGAUUGCUAUUUACCGGGGCUUGACGGUAUUAAACUACGUGUUUGCAAACAGUUAUUUUUAGCCACAUUAUACUUAAAAAAAGAUGUUAUACAGUUGUGGAUAAGGUCGAAGUUCGACAUUGAUGUAACAAAUAGUGGAGCGAUUAACAUAGUCAGAAGAGUAGCUGCUGAUAGUUCUAAUCGGGCUGGUACCCGGGUUCUUAGGUCUGAGUCAGUUAUGAAAUGGCUUGAAAUAAUACCAAAGGAACCCAGCCAUUACUGCCGAAGCAACACUAGUCAUGUUUAUGUGGAAGCCUCUUUCGAGUCAAUGACACACAUGCAUACGGUCUACACAGCUUGGUGCCAAGAGAACAACUAUUCUGCAGUACAAAGAAAACGGUUUCAGGAAAUUUUAAAAGAUAAUAAAAUUUAA